GCAAACAAUCCUAAUCAUCAAGCCACGUGUACAAGCUAUAACUGCUGCUUAUGUCAUGCUUCUAUCCAUAUGGCAGAGCUCCUACAUACACGUGAAUGAAGUGUUCAUGAUAAGGAACUGAUUCAAUCACCUCUGACAGCUCUGGACCUAUCCAAUUGCUCUGAAUUUCAAUUCCUUGAGUACUGCCCUGUUCUCCAUCUCUGUUCUUAUAUCUGCUAAUAGCUUGAGUGCAUUCCUCCUUACUUUUAACAACAAUUGAAUUAUUAAAGAGCAGAGGGUUUUCUCACAACCACAAGAACACGUCGUAGAUAGAGAGGAGAGAGAGGCACUGAGCUCUCAACUGAGAGAGAGAAAUUGGGAGCUAAGACUUUAAGCUCUUCUUUUUGGGUUUUCUUGGAGCUAUGGAACCAGAAAUAACGACGCUACGGAGCUCUAUCCCAGUUCCUUGUGUUCAAGAGCUAGCAAAGGAGACGACAAGCACAGUCCCACCGCGUUAUGUGCGUUUUCCUAAUGAGCCUCCCAUCAUAUCUGACACCACUUCUCUACCCCAAGUCCCAGUCAUCGACAUGCAAAGGUUAUUUUCUGCAGAAUUUAAGGACACAGAGUUGGAGAAGUUACACCAUGCAAGCAAGGAAUGGGGUUUCUUCCAGUUAAUUAAUCAUGGGGUGAGCAUUUCAUUGGUGGAGAAGGUGAAAUUAGGCAUUCAAGAACUAUUUAAUCUGCCAAGGGAAGAGAAGAAGAAGCUAUGGCAAGUACCAGGAGAUCUUGAGGGGUUUGGACAGGCCUUUGUUGUGUCUGAGGAACAAAAGCUUGAUUGGGGAGACAUGUUCUACAUGGUCACACGUCCAAUCCAUUUGAGAAAGCCUCACUUGUUCCCCAAGAUCCCACUCCCAUUCAAAGAUAACUUAGACGCUUACUCAACAGAGGUUAAAGACCUUGCCAUGAAAAUACUUGAACUAAUGGCAAAAGCUCUAGGAAUGGAACAUAAUGACAUGAGGAGCCUGUUUGAAGAAGGGUUUCAAGCAAUGAGGAUGAACUACUAUCCUCCAUGCCCACAACCUGAGCUUGCGAUUGGCCUCAAUGCUCACUCAGAUGCUGUGGGCUUAACAAUCCUCCUCCAAGUCAAUGAAAUGGAAGGCCUCCAGAUAAGGAAAGAUGGGAGGUGGAUUUCAGUCAAACCUCUCCCUAAUGCCUUUAUUGUCAACAUUGGCGACAUUUUGGAGAUUGUGACGAAUGGAAUUUACCGUAGCAUCGAGCAUCGGGCAACUGUUAACUCAGCAAAGGAGAGGCUCUCUGUGGCCACAUUUUACAACCCAAGCCUAGAAGCAGAUAUGGGUCCAGCACCAAGCCUUAUUACUCCAGAAUCUCCAGCAUUGUUCAAAAGAAUAGGCGCUGCUGAUUAUUUCAGGGAACUUUUCUCACGCAAACUCGAUGGAAAGGCAUUCAUUGAUUCCAUGAGGAUCCAGAAAGGCACUUAAGACUUGAGAGAUACUAUUGAGUUUAAAACCUAUAUAUUGUAUGUGUGCGCUAGUGGCUUGUAUACUUAAAUCUGGUUUGAUUAAAUGCAUCCAGAUUUGAAUAAACGCAAUAUUCAUAAUAAAUUGUUUGCUUUGAUGGGGAUGUAGAUUGAAUGACCUGCAAACUCUUGGGUCAGAUUACUAGAAGGGAUAACCAAUAACUUGCAGAAA